AUGUCGCUCUUUCUGCCCACCACAGCUGAAGAUUCUGAUAAUCCUGCUGAUGAUGCUGAAAAAGGGCAAGAAGAUGAUCACGGGAUCAAGAUUCAAAGCAAGAUGCUCCUAGUGGCUCUGAAACUGAGAGGGGGUUCAAAGGAGAAUGAAGUGCAUGUUGUCAACGUAUCCAAACUCGAUUAUUCGUUGAACCGCUCCUCUACAUUCUUUGACAACCCUUCUGAAUCUGAACAAGAAAUUAUCGACGCGACCAAGUCGGAAAAUGAAACCAAUGAGGCUGUUGAGAGUGAAACACACUCUCCCAACAAUACAAACGCUCAGGAGCACAAGGCGGCAGUGGAUGAAAUGCACGCAAAGGCAGGGGACAUGGGAACAGAUGAUGGGCGAGAGCAGGAGGUCCCACCUGAGAAGACUGUGAUGGAACCAGAGGAUGAAGUAUUGAGGCUUCGAGACGAGACGUCGGACAAAAGAACGGAGGACCAGUGCCCGGCUGCGGGUUUUAGUGGAACCGGUGAUGAAGCGGGAGAGGAUCAUGACUUGAAGACAGAACGACUGUCUGUCGACACGCAGGAGGAGGAGACUCCUCUCGUCCUUAGGCAGCGGGAGGGAGGUGGAGAUAUUCCCGUGAGGCUCGGGGAGAAGGAGGGAGUGACAUUGGAAUCAAAGGAAGACGAGAGGGGGGACGGUCCUCCUCGGAGCCAUGGGACACAUCCUCUUGAUCUUAUAUUGGGACCUUUUCGAACAAAACAUCCUCGUCAGUGCGUUGAGCUGAGGAAUUUGCCAGCUUUCCAAUUUUCCGGGUUCCUUGGGUAUCUUGUGUACUUUUCCAUGUACAGAGUCUUUGAAACGAUGCUAAAGUCGACAGCUUCAAAGCUUCUUUCAGUUAUCACUGCAUAUAUCAUCUCCAUACCAGUGCAGUAUGGAUUUCACACGUCAAUGAGUCUUUUCAUCAAGACAGAGUUCAAACCGACUUUCUCCCGUGUGUUCACUACAUCUGCACUGGGCCUCGGAAUUUCUCCUUUCCUGUUCCAACUCAUCAUGGCCUAUGACCUUUCUCAGAGCUCUUCCUUUGUGCUGACAGCUGUUGUCUGGUACAUCUAUUACAAUGUCUUGUACCUUAGAAUAUGA